AUGUUUCGCUCGGGUUACUAUCCAACUAUCACUCCAACUCACUGGGGCUAUAACGGAACUGUUAAACAUGUGCUAGGAGAGAAGGGAACUAAGGCUUUGGCUUUCAGAGACUCCAAGUGCCAGAUUCCGCUUCAUGAAUUUGUAACGAAGCACGUGCCCACGCUAAAGGAUGGUGCAAAUUUUAGGCUAAACAGUCUGCUUUUCACUGGUUAUUUACAGACACUCUACAUGUCAGGCGGUGAUUUUUCCAAAAAAUUUCAGGUAUUUUAUGGCAGAGAAAUAGUAAAGUUUUCAGAUGGAGGAGUUUGCACUGCUGAUUGGGUCAUGCCUGAAUGGGAGAAAACUUAUUCCUUCAAUUCUGAACAAGCAACUUUUGAUGAGAAGUUAUUCUCAAGCGUUGAAAAGAUUACCCAUCCAAAAGAUUGGCCUCGUCUCCAUCCUAGAACUAGGCAUUUAUCCUCCGAAGAACUUGAAAAAUGCCAUUCUAAGGGCGACUCUUAUCCAUUAGUAGUGGUGCUUCAUGGCCUUGCUGGCGGGAGUCAUGAACCUCUCAUCAGGGCUUUAUCCGAAGAUCUAUCAAAAAUCGGUGACGGCAAAUUCCAAGUUGUGGUCCUCAAUGCUAGAGGUUGCUCAAGAUCCAAGGUGACCACUCGUAGGAUUUUUACCGCACUACAUACAGGUGAUGUGAGAGAGUUUCUGAACCACCAAAGAGCCUUAUUUCCUCAAAGGAAAUUAUAUGCAGUGGGAACAUCAUUUGGAGCUGCUACGCUAACAAACUAUUUGGGUGAAGAAGGAGAUAACUGUCCACUGAAUGCUGCGGUUGCCCUCUCAAAUCCUUGGGAUUUUGUACACACUUGGGACAAGUUGGCUCAUGAUUGGUGGUCCAAUCAUAUUUUUUCCAGAACAUUAACGCAGUUUUUGACGAGAACGGUCAAAGUUAAUAUGAAUGAGCUACAGGUACCCGAAAACUUCGAAGUUCCAAAAAAACCAACGGUUGAGGAACCAGUCUUUUAUACAUAUACUAAGAAAAAUCUGCAGAAGGCUGAAAAAUUUACAGACAUAUUGGAAUUUGAUAGUCUUUUUACCGCCCCGUCGAUGGGCUUGCCGGACGGCUUAACAUACUAUAGAAAGGCAAGCUCGAUAAAUAGAUUGCCUAACAUCAAAAUUCCAACCUUGAUAAUUAAUGCAACGGAUGAUCCAAUUACCGGCGAAAACGUCAUUCCAUACAAACAAGCCAAAGAAAAUCCUUGUGUACUAUUAUGUGAGACUGAUUUGGGCGGCCAUUUGGCUUAUCUCGAUAAAGAAAACAAUUCUUGGUUAACUAAGCAAGCUGCUGAGUUUUUGUGCAGCUUUGAUGUGCUUGUUUUAUAA